AUGGCGGCAGAAAAUGUUGAGAUGCAACAGGCUCAACAUGUGCCGGCCUCCUCCGCCCCGAUUGAGAAUGUGCCAAUCAAUCAUGGGGAAAAGCAAAAAAAAUUCACAGGUCUGACACGUAUCUUGACCGAGGAAACUCCCAAGGUUGUUAAGGGUGUAGAUGAGGUGAACACUCUCCUUCUGAUCGACAAAUGGAACGAUUCUGAGUUCCUCUGUCGAAACUACAUCCUUAACAAUCUUGCCGACUCACUCUAUCUUGUGUAUUGUGAGAUGAAAAUGGCAAAGGAACUGUGGGAAUCUCUGGACAAGAAAUAUAAAUCCGAGGAUGCUGGGGCCAAAAAGUUUAUUGUUGGUCGUUUCCUGGACUAUAAGAUGAGUGACUCGAAGUCUGUAAUCAGUCAAGUCCAGGAGCUUCAAGAACUCUUACAAGAAAUUCACUCAGAAUGUAUGACUCUGAGCGAAACCUUCCAAGUGGCAGCUAUCAUCGAAAAGCUACCAACUGGCUGGAAGGACUUUAAGAAUUAUCUGAAGUACAAGCGGAAGGAAAUGAACCUGGAGGAACUUGUUGUUCGCCUUCGUAUAGAAGAAGACAAUAAGAAUUCGGAGAGAAAACUGUUCUCUCAGGCUACUGUAAAAGCUAAUGUUGUUGAGCAUAGACAAAGCUCAAAACGGAAGCAUCCAAAAUCUUCCACGACGCAACCCAAAGGACAAAACAUGAAAAAAAAAAGUUCUUAG